UUAACCACAAGGUCGGAGGUUCAAGCCCUCCUUCUAGCGGUUUUGAAAAUAUGAAUUUCCUUUUGGAUUGAAGAUAUCCUGUAUAAAUUAAAAGGAUAUGUGAGUUGUGAUGCAGAAAGCUUUGUUAUAUUAUAUGUAUUUAGUUUUUUGGUCAAACAUAUCCUCUAGUGUGUGAGUUACAAGCAUGGGAAGCGUGGUGGAAAGCAGAGAGUGGUACUUGGCUUCGUAUUCCCCCGAGGGUGUUCCAAACUCCGAUAAUCUAAAACUCCGCAGCCUCAGUCUCUCACUUGACUCUCAUUCAAUCCCGGAAGGCCACGUGUCCCUGGAGAUUGUCUUGAUCUCCGUAGAUCCAUACCUUCGCACGAGACUCACGGGCACCCUGGACGGUCUCUACAUCGCGCAAUAUGAGGUGAAUGAGGUAAUUACAGCAUUUGCAGUGGGUAAGGUAAUAGGAUCCAGAGAGAGCAAGUACUCGGAAGGGGAUGUGGUUUUGGUUCCAUCUGCGCCACUGGCUGAGUACUGCAUCAUACCCUCUUCAACUAUAGCUCGUAAAAUCCACGCUGCUACUGGAAUUUCGUUGCCCCAUUACCUAAGCGCCUUAGGGGUACCGGGUUUUGCGGCAUGGGUGGGGAUCGUGGUGCUGGGAGACCCUAAGCCUGGUUCCAAUGUCUUCAUAUCUGCUGCCUCCGGUGCGGUUGGUACAAUUGCUGGCCAAUUAGCCAAGAUCCGAGGCUGCAGAGUCAUCGGAAGUACUGGCUCCGACCAAAAGGUGAAGCUCAUUAAAGAAGAAUUUGGGUAUGACGAUGGAUUCAACUACAAUAAGGAAUCAGAUUUUGAUGCGGCUUUAAGCAAAUACUUUCCUGAUGGAAUUGAUGUUUACCUUGAUAAUGUUGGCGGUAAAAUGCUUGAAUCUGUACUUAACCAUGUCAACAAGCAUGCAAGGAUAUCACUUUGUGGAAUGAUAUCUCAAUAUAAUAAGGUUUGGACUGAAAGAGAAGGUGUGAGGAAUCUUUUGAAUAUGGUAGGGAAGGAGGUGAGGAUGGAGGGUUUUAUGUUGGAAUCCUAUUGGCAUCGUUUUGGAGAUUUCGCUAAAGAAAUGGAAGGAUACAUAAAAGAAGGGAAGGUUACGUCCAAGAAUAAAAUUAAUGUUGGAAUCGAGAGCUUCUUGGAUAGCUUAGCCUCCCUCUUUUCUAGCUCUAAUAUUGGAAAAGUUGUUGUUCAAGUUAAUGAGGCCUAGCCUUGUAAUGUGCAACUUUCCUAUUGUAUGCUUGAUCAUGAUCUUUUAGCACUCGAUAUUGAACUGUGUUCCGUAUUUCAAUCCUUUAUUGUAAACUCGUAUAAAGAGUCAAAGACCAAAUAUGAACGUAAUUAUUUAUGUGAAAUGUGAUUAAUGUUUAAGUAGAAUUUGGGUUACUUAAUAAA